UAGUUUUUAACUUGCAAUCACGGGCACCGGUCUCGUUCUUUCGCGUUGUAGUAUCGUCCUCGUUGAGUUGUCCUCUAUUCCGAAUUGCAGGUUACCGACUCAAAGAGAUGUUGACGCGGAUAGUAUCCCGGCUCGGCGCUGUCCGCCAAACUGUCAUCCAGCAGGCUCAGAGGAAUAUUGGAGUUACUGCUGCAGCAGCGCAGAAGACAGACCCCAUUCAGCAGCUUUUCGUAGAUAAAGUUCGGGAAUACUCACAAAAGAGCAAGUCUGCAGGAGGCAAGCUGGUGGAUGCUACACCCAAGGUGGAGCUGAGUCUCAAGGAGGAGCUGGAAAAGAUUGAUAGAAUAUUCGGAGCAACUGGCAAAGAUAUGACCCAGUUCCCCAGCUUCACCUUCUCAGAUCCUGAUUUGGGUGCACUAGGAUUGGGAGAAGUUAAGGAAAUACAGCAAGCUGUUAAACAAUCAGCUGUGGCUGAAGCGCAGGAAGAAGAUAAUACACCAUACUUUGAUUAUUAGAGAAAUAUUGACUUUAGAGCAUUUCGUUAUUAACAGCUGCAGUGCAGAGCCUUCAUCCCUGCACGUUGUCAUCGUGAUAAGAGCUGGUUGCUAGGCAAUUCUGUCAUAGAAGCCAAAUUUGGAUGCGGGGCAGUGUUGCAUUUACCUUGAUUUGGUUGUUAUGCAGUGUUGUCAUGGUAACCAAAUUUAGUUGCUAGGUAGUGUUGCGUUGGCAACAUGGCACACGUGGAAUUAGUGUGUAUUUAUGUUAAUGUUGUGGGAGAUUCAUUUGACCAACAACUCUCGUGAGAAUGUGUAAAUAGAAUGGAAAUUAAACUUUUCACAAAUA